UAUUAACGAGAGACAGCAACGCCAGUCACUACAACAGCCAAAGAAAUUGACUAGAGAAAAUAGUGCAUUUUUACAGAGUAUCGGUUUCCAAGUAUGUCCUCGUCAUCUAUCUUAAACAUUGGUGAGAAGGUGUUAUUCGAUGAUAGUAUAGAAAGUAUAGAAUUUCACCCGUACACUCCGUAUAAUGACUCGUUCAAAAAUAACGACAACAUCCACAUAUGUAUCAACCGUCAAGAUUUAAUUCUACUACCGAGUCACAGUCAAAUAUUAGUGGAGGGCACAGUGGAGAAAGGAUGUCUACUGGUCAACAACGGUGCUGCAUUUUUAUUUCAAGACAUUCGUUAUGAAUUGAACGGUGUGGAGAUUGACCGCGCGAGAAACUGCGGUAUCACGUCCACCAUUAAGGGACUAGUCUCAUACACCAAGGAAAUGGACCAUAGUCUUCAGACGGCGGGGUGGGAAGUUGGUGCUAAAAAGAUUCAAGACAAGUUUACUGUGACUAUACCACUAUCUCAUUUCUUGGGUUUCGCCGAGGACUAUAAAAAGGUUAUAAUUAAUGGGAAACACGAGUUGAUAUUAAAUCGCGCCAGUACAGAUGUAAACUGUUUAGAUUUAGCACCCGUUGAUGCGGAGAAGGUACCGCAACCGCCAACACCAAAUGGUGAGAUUGAAAUCACCCGUGUCACAUGGAGGAUGCCAGUCAUAAAAGUAUCUGAUAAGGAGAAAUUGCGUCUAAUGUCGUAUGUUGAGAGGGGCAUACCGGUUCAGAUAGCUUUCCGCACCUGGGAACUGUACGAAUAUCCCAUACUGCCUGCCUCACAACGUCAUAUUUGGUGCAUCAAGACUAGCACUCAACUGGAGAAACCUCGCUAUCUGAUUGUUGGUUUCCAAACGGCUCGUAGGAACGAGAAGAGCAAAGAUAUGAGUAUAUUCGACCAUUGUAAUCUCACCAAUUGCAGGGUGUAUUUGAACGCACAGUAUUAUCCAUACGAUCCCUUUUCGGCUGAAUUUAAAACAAACAACUAUGCGCUCUUAUACGACGCAUUUACCAAUUUCCAACGGUCGUACUACAACCGUCAUCAUACCAGCCCUCAAGUAAAUUACGCUCAUUACAAGACACAGUCUCCAUUAAUUGUCAUUGACACGUCAAGACAGUGUGACAGCUUCAACUCGGGAGCUGGUGCUAUUGAUAUUAAAUUGGAAAUGGAGUUUAAAGAGAAUGUGCCGGCUAACACCACGGCAUACUGUCUCAUCAUCAACGAUUCACUGUUUGAGUACAACGCUCUCACCAGUACCACUCGUAAAAUUAUUCAGUAGACCAUUGACCGUCCUCACUUGUAAACGUGUCGUGGAGCCUUUAAAAUAAAAAAUAAAAUGAAUUAUUCAAACAUUUUUUCACCUUCAUACACACCGUCGAUUGAUUGUUCCGGCAGCGGUGAAGGUGUCGGUCGCUGUGAGCUGAGCAAGAGUGUCUACAAUCUCAAACGCUGUCCUGCUGGUGCAAGUGCUCUGAUUGAAAAUAUCCAUGUAUACUUGAAGUUGCAGUUUAUUGAGGCUAAAAUCAGACUAGAUGUCUGUGUCAAUUUUAAUGGGCGAUAUGAACUCACCAGUGAAGAAUGGAAUGCAAUGUUUGCGGAAAAAGUUGAAGUCAUUGGAAACUUCUUUCAUAACCCAAUGAGUGUUUCACCACAACUGAUACAGUGCAAUCGUCUUCAGAUGUGUAUCUCUCCGGUGCCGUUACUUUUACUCACCUGUGACGAUGAUCACGAACCUAUGACAAACUCACACCCCUUGGUGAUAAACCACAUGGAAUGGAGCCAUAUCGAACAUGUCGUGGAGUGUAUUAACGCACGUAUCGGAUACUUGAACAAAACAAAGUCUACCUACGAGAACCGUCUCAACUUUUUCAAGAAACAUUUCAAGAUAUAUCACCCCGUCAAUAUUCAACAGGCACGCAAUAUUAUAGGUAGUUUGUGCAAUGUAAACGAUAUUGUCGACUCUGAAAUCAAGUGUUAUGCCGCCGAUAUUUUGUGUAAUACCUAUAUUUUCCAUUGAAUCGGUUAAAUUUUGAUGAAAAAAUAAAAAA